GUAAGAAACACAGUUUAAUACGAAAAAUACUGAAAACUUGAAAUGAAAAAUCAGAAUAUUUCAUCGUUUCCGCCAUUUUGGCCCGCACUGAAUCUUGUAACAUGCGGACUGAAUAAAUCGCGAAUUCUGAUUGGUCGAAAAUUGCCAAACACCCUGCGUUGUAGAUUCCUCUUUCUUGGCGGGAGAACCGCAUUUUUUUUUGCUGACUCACUCUUCUGGAUCAAGAUGAAUCCCAACAAACGCCCCAAAUUGAAUGUGACAAAAACUGAUUCGUUUUUCCACAAAAAGACAGAAAAGAAAAGACUUCAGAAAGAACUGUUGGCUUUGCAGAACGAUCCUCCUCCUGGAAUGACUCUGAAUGAGAAGAGUGUAGAGAAUACGAUAACGCAGUGGGUUAUUGAUAUGGAAGGAGCCUCUGGAACGCUGUAUGAAGGAGAAAAAUUCCAGCUGCUUUUCAAAUUCAGUAGUCGAUAUCCGUUUGACUCGCCUCAGGUAAUGUUUACAGGAGAGAACAUUCCUGUCCAUCCUCAUAUUUAUAGCAACGGCCACAUCUGCCUGUCCAUUCUAACAGAGGACUGGUCACCAGCACUGUCUGUCCAGUCAGUGUGUCUCAGCAUCAUCAGCAUGCUGUCCAGCUGCAAGGAGAAGAGACGGCCUCCUGAUAACUCCUUUUAUGUAAGGACAUGUAACAAAAACCCAAAGAAGACGAAAUGGUGGUAUCAUGACGAUACAUGUUGAUGCUGAACUUGACGACAUGUUUAGAAAGAAGUUCCUGCUGACGUACAUUAGCACUUUUUAAACUUUGAACUUAAGCCUCGGACUGAAAACGGAGGAACGUGAACUUUUACUCAAGGACCAGCAUUACGACACCAACAAAACGGCUUCAAUCAAAGCAAAAGACGUCAAGAAUUAAAGGCGGAAACACCCAGUCAGGAUUGACUCCAGAAGGAUGCCGGAUUAAGCAAUGAGUCUUAAUUUGGGGUUUGUUUGUUUUUUUUUCAAUUUUUGGUUCUUAGCUGUGUCUCAAAUCGCAUGCUUUUGUCGCGCACCCACCCCUUUCAGGGCGAGCGUCGUGUACAAAAGGACUCUAGAUAACCCUGUUGAAGUCGCAGAGUUGAGUCCGAUAUCUAGGUAACGCAGACUAUGCAGGUUUUGCAUGUUUAGUCUCUUGGCUUGGAUAAGAGUGUAAAAUUAAAAUUGCGAGUCGGAUUAUCAGUUCAGGAGAAGGGAAAAUUGAAUUGAAGAAUGAAUUUAAGUGUUAAGACCAUGCUUUUUGCUAGAUUCGGGCUUAUUAUUGUAUUCCGUAUCCAUGCUAGAAAAUAUUUCGAUUUAAUUUUCAGAAACAGCAAAGGAAUUGAGAAGUUAGUACAUCCAGUUAGUAGUGUGCAAUUUGAGACGAAGCCCUUGUCUUUUUCUACUUUAUUUAACGUACGAUGAAAUGUAACUUUCUUUUCUAUUUUUGUUGUGCAAUAAUGAACCUAAAUUGUUUGGUUCAUCUGGAAACGAGUUUAGCAUUAAGUGCUUUGCGUUCGUGCAUUUGUUUUUGUUGUUUAUAUGCACUGUGAAAUUCUCCACGAAGGCACAGAACGGUUUAAAUCGAAACCUCAAUCACUAGUUGAUUUUCCCUUUCAUUAACCCGGCAUGUGCUGAUCAUUGUUUAUUUUACAUGCGGCGUUAUUUAAAAAUGCAUGAGAAUAUUAUUGUGAAUACUUCAAUAAAUUGUCAGUAGAGGCAACUUUAUAUUUAUUCCGUAAGAUAUUAUUAUUUAAUUAUACUUUUGUUUUAAUUCGGAUUUAUUUUCUUCAAUUUUACAUUUGUUUAAGCUUGGUUUGUGCUAAUUUAAAAAAAAAGUAUCCACCAACUGCUUUAUUAGGAACACUUGUGCACCCGGUCAUUAAUGCAGUUAAUCAUGUACAUACAAGUCAAGAGCUUCAGUUAAUGUUCAUAUCAAACAUCAUAAAGAAAAACGUAUUCCAGUGACUGGGGGCGGGGGAUAAUGUUGCCUUGCCAUCUUGAGCUGUCUGGUUUUGGUGAGCCUGUCCUCAGUUUAUCCUCAGCUUCCUGUUCUUGGCUGACAGGAGUACAAUCCGAUGUAGUCUUCUGCUUUUGUAGCUCAUCCACCUCAGGGUUAUACUUUCUGAGAUGCUUUUCUGCUCAUCACGGUUAUCCAGAGUGGUUAUUCGAGUUACUACUUGUCAGCUUGAAUCAUUCUGACCAUUCUUUCUCAUGAAGAAAGCGUUCAUGCCAACAGAACUGCCACUCACUGGAUGUUUUUUGUUUCUCGCACCAUUCUCUAGUCUUUGUAAACUCCGGAGACUGUUGCGUGUGAAAAUCCCAGGAGAUCAGAAGUUCCUGUGAUCCUCAAACUGGCACCAACAGCCAUGCUAUGGUCCGAAUCACCCCUGUUCUCAUGUUUGAUGUGAACAUUAACUGAAGACUUGUAGCUGCAUAAUUGUAUGCGCUGUUCCGGUGUCACAUUUUUGGCUAAUUGGAUACGAGGGCGCUUCAGAAAGUUCUCGGCCUCACUCGGAAAACAUCACCGGAGGAAGAUUGUUCUUGCGUUAUUUUUCGACAUGGUCUUCUUUAACUUCAAUGCACUGGGUCCACCGAUGUUCAAGCUUCGCUAUCCUUUCGUGGAAGGUGGUCACAUCUUGAUCCUCCUCAACAGCAGGAAUGACUUCAUCAUCACUCUGAAAAUGGCGAUCACGCGAGUAGGAUUUCAGUUUGGGAAACAGAUAGAAGUCAGACGGUGCCAGGUUGGGUGACUAAGGUACACGGGGCAACAGUUCAAAGGCACAUUUGGCUGCUUCCGUCACUGCCACCUGUGCUGUACGGACAGGCGCAUUGUCCUGGAGCAACAGUACACCAUCUCGAAGCUUUCCUUUCUUUUUUUUUUUUUCCCCUCCCCUUUGAUUGCUUCUUUCAUUUGAGUUUUUGUGGACCGUGAUAUAAGGCUUUAUAGUAUACGGUUAGACCCCAGAAUGGGAGUUACGCCCCUUGUUUCCGGGUGAGGCCGAGAACUUUUUUGAUGUACCCUCGUAGUUUCAUGAAUGAGCACGUGUCCCUAAUAAAGUGGCUGGUGAAUGCAUAGUACGCAUGUAAUCUAAAAUGGCUAUUCAGAACCAUAACAUUGAUACCAGUACAGUAUGGUAGGGAUAUUGGGAAGCAGUGAUUAAAAGGAUGAGCAGGUUUUGCGAUUUGGAAAGUCACAUGCUUAAUGUCGGCACAUGCCUGUAUGCUACUGUAUUUUUUUUAUUUUUUCCUCAUUUAAUCAUCCAGAAAGUACGCGACGCAAAACUUUUUCAGUAUGUUUAACAAUGUUUCUUGUUUAUAUCAUUAUUCUGGAUCAGUCAGUGAAGAAUGAUGACUGUAAUGAAUGUUAGCAAGGCUUCUGGAGUGUAUUUUUAUCUAUUUAUUUAAUUGUAUAAAUGGCAUUUUGAAGGGUUCCAAAAGGGCUGUAAGUUAGAAAGCGUAAAGCGUAGCUGUUUGUGAAUAGCCAUGUGCCGGUACGACUUAACGAUUUUCAUAUCACGAUUGUCUCAUGUUUUAUUCAAGCCUACGACGUGAUCUCAUUUAUUAUUAUUAUGUUUACCUGUUCUUAUUGGACAGUGUUCUUAAACAGAGUUCAGUCUUGUAACGUAGCGCUAGCUCGCUAAGUAAUGAGUAAAGCUUUAACUUUAGCUAGCUAAAUGUAGCCAUAGGAAUGACGACUAUAAAGAAAACGUUAGUUGAGGUAAGCUUUGUAAGUGCAUUUUUCAAAAAAUUAUACAUUGUUUUUAGAUUAAUUCUGAUUUGAAAAAUGUAUUCUUAGAAGCAACGAGCGCUUUCAAACAAACAACGUUACCUCUUGUAGUCAUGACCAUAGCUAACUAGCUAGCACAUUACACGUGGUGCAAGCUAAAUCUAAACGCUCCAACUUAAUUACCACUAAAGUAAAUUCAUGUCAUUGACAACAUUUUUGAAGUGUUCACGAUAAUAAUGGUGCGGGUGUGGACUUAUCGGCACAUGUCUAAAUGUGAAGAAUUGUUUUGAUCCUGAUUAUCUUGUGUGUUUGUUUUCCUGGUCACACUUUUCAGACUCAGGUACUUUUCCCCUCCAGAAGAAAUCAGCUUUCCUACAGUUGUGUUUUAUUGUUAUGUAUAUAUUCCUUUUUUUUUUUUUUUCCUGAAGGAAAUAUUUUACAAAAACAAAGUAUAUUUAAAUUGUGUGUUACCCUUUAGCUGAAUGGAAAUGUAUAGUAAAGAAUGAUUAUUUAGACUGUUUUUUGUUUUUGUAAAUUAGGCUCUGAAUUCGCAUUUUCAGUUUGGCUAAUCCUGUGGUUCGAGUAAUGAUUGAUUGAUUGAUUGAUUGAUUGAUUGAUUGAUUAUAAUAAUGAUUUUAAAUGUAUUAAUGAACAAUAAGUAAUGUUGCUUUUUUUUGAACGCAUAGAACGUCUGCGAGACAAAUUAGUACCUGUUAUCGGCGAGCUCUCGUUUUCUUUUGACAAAAAAAAAAAAAACACACCAGAAAUUGCAGACUGUUCUGUCCUUAAGUCUUUUCCCUUAGUUAAACUCUUACAAAACUCUGAUACUGGAGACUCCUUACAGAAAGUGUCACCAUAUCAGUGAUUGUACAACAUGGUUUUAAUCUGUUUAUUAUUAGCCUUGGACAUUUCGACCAUACAGGCAAGUCCCUGUGAAUGAGUCGUUACUAUAGAAAUGAUUAAAUGCAUUAAAACAGGGAUGCGAAUAUAAUUCUGUGAUUUAAAUUAGUGUCAGAGCUGCUGUUAUAGAAAAUUCUUCUGACCAAUCAGAGUCAGGAAUUCAGCAAUGCUGUGAUAUUAUAUGUUGAUAUUAUUUGUCUCCCUUCAUUUGGUUAUCUGAUGUUCCAAAUCUUUACAUAAAUCCAAAGUACGCA